AUGAAACGGCUGGUAAUCUUUGUGCUGUUUGCAUUGGUCUAUGGACGCCCGCAGCAUGAACAACGGCAUGAGCAUGACGCACACCUACAUCAUGAGUCAACGACUUAUAUUCCCAUUCUGAAAUAUGACAAACAACAAGGAGAAGACGGUAGCUACAAAACGAUUUAUCAGACUGGAAACAACAUUGUUCACGAAGAGUCAGGAUACCUAAAGGACGCUUCCGAGGAUCACCCUAAUGGAAUACUGGUACAGCAGGGUGCUUACUCCUACGAAGCACCGAAUGGAGAGAUCAUCCAGGUGCAGUACACGGCGGACGAAAACGGCUUUCGCGUGCAGAGCGACAGUCUGCCCACUACGCCACCGGUGCCGCCAGCGAUCCAGGAAGGUUUGAAGGAAAUUUAUGAAGGUAUCCGACGCCGCGAGCAAGAAGCCAAAAACAAUCCCAAAUAUGCGGAAGAUGAAGCCAGACGUGCCCAGCUGGACUACACCGGUCAAUACUACAACCAGUAG